CGGGUGUCGGCGCGCUUGGCGUGCGGGAUCCGGGUGGCUGCGGGCGGCCUGGGCUGCCCGGCCGACGCCUGCUCCGAGAUGGCGAUCUUGGGCGCGGAGGGCUGAGGAGGCGCCGCCGCGGUGGCCGCGGGCCCCGGGAGCCGCAGCUUCGCGCGGGGUUGUCUUCUCGCCAGACUAUGAGCUCCUUGACAGAAGAACACGUAUCUUGUACAUCUUUGUAUCCUCAGUGUCUGGCACAAUUCCUGAUACACAAGUUAAGGUGAAUUUUGGGACAUGGCCACUGCUUCACCGAGGUCUGAUACUAGUGAUGACCACAGUGGAAGGUUACAGUUAAAGGUAACUGUUUCUAGUGCCAAACUAAAAAGAAAAAAAAACUGGUUUGGAACAGCAAUAUAUACUGAAGUCAUUGUGGAUGGAGAGAUUAAGAAAACAGCAAAAUCCAGUAGUUCUUCUAAUCCAAAAUGGGAUGAGCAGCUGACUGUAAAUGUGACCCCACAGACCACCUUGGAGUUUCGAGUUUGGAGUCACCACACUUUAAAAGCAGAUGCUCUGUUAGGAAGAGCAACAGUGGACUUGAAACAAGUGCUGUUAACACACAACAGGAAAUUAGAAAAAGUGAAAGAACUAUUAAAACUUUCCUUGGAAAACAAGAAUGGCAUAGUGCAAACUGGUGAAUUGACAGUUGUGCUUGAUGGAUUAGUGAUUGAGCAAGAAAAUCUAACAAACCACAACUCUUCUCCAACCACAGAAAUACAGCAGAAUGGUGAUGCCUUACACGAAGAUGGAGACUCUUCAACACGGGCCACUACCAGGUUGGCUGUUGAAGGUACUAUUGGAAUAGAUAAUCAUGUACCAACCAGUACUGUUGUUCCCAACUCAUGCUGUUCACAUGUAGUUAAUGGAGAAAACACACCUUCAUCCCCGUCUCAGGUUGCUGCCAGACCCAAAAAUAUUUCAGCUCCAAAACCACUCACAUCUGAGCCUACCAGUGACACAGUAAAUGGAGAAUCAUCUUCAUCUGUCCUAGCUGAUAAUACUUCCACCAUGGGUACCCCACUACCAUCUGAAGAAGCCACCUCGACUUCCAAUUGCACUAGCACCACCAUCCAGGAGCCUCCUGUCCAAGAGCCCCCAGCACCCUCAGAACACAGUGAAUGUAUUCCCUCUACCAGUGCCGAAGCGGGACCAGAAGCUCGGAGCCUCAUCGACCCUGACUCUGAUUCCAGAAAUAACUCUGCUUUUGAUAAAUUAAGGCAGCCAGAAGGGUCUGCGGAACCUCUGUGGCCACGGUCUAGAAAUGCCCACACAGAGUCUCUGCCAUCAGGGUGGGAACAGAGAAAAGAUCCUCAUGGUAGAACCUAUUAUGUGGAUCAUAAUACUAGAACUACCACAUGGGAGAGACCACAGCCUUUGCCUCCAGGUUGGGAAAGAAGAGUUGAUGAUCGUGGAAGAGUUUAUUAUGUGGAUCAUAACACCAGAACAACAACCUGGCAGCGGCCUACCAUGGAAUCUGUUCGAAAUUUUGAACAGUGGCAAUCUCAGCGGAAUCAAUUGCAGGGAGCUAUGCAACAAUUCAACCAACGAUACCUCUAUUCGGCUUCAAUGUUAGCUGCAGAAAAUGAUCCAUAUGGACCUUUACCACCAGGCUGGGAAAAAAGAGUGGAUUCAACAGACAGAGUUUACUUUGUGAAUCACAAUACAAAAACAACUCAAUGGGAAGACCCAAGAACUCAAGGCUUACCAAAUGAAGAACCCCUGCCAGAAGGCUGGGAAAUCAGGUAUACUCGGGAAGGUGUUAGGUACUUUGUUGAUCAUAACACAAGAACAACAACAUUCAAAGAUCCUCGCAAUGGGAAAUCAUCCGUAACUAAAGGUGGUCCACAGAUUGCUUAUGAACGCAGCUUUAGGUGGAAACUUGCUCACUUCCGUUACUUGUGCCAGUCUAAUGCACUACCCAGCCACGUAAAGAUCAAUGUGUCCCGACAGACUUUAUUUGAAGAUUCCUUCCAACAGAUUAUGGCAUUAAAACCGUAUGACUUAAGGAGGCGAUUAUAUGUAAUAUUUAGAGGAGAAGAAGGCCUUGAUUAUGGUGGCCUUGCAAGAGAAUGGUUUUUCUUGCUUUCCCAUGAAGUUUUGAACCCAAUGUAUUGCUUAUUUGAGUAUGCAGGCAAGAAUAACUAUUGUUUACAGAUAAAUCCAGCAUCAACCAUAAAUCCUGAUCAUCUUUCAUACUUCUGUUUUAUUGGUCGCUUUAUUGCAAUGGCACUAUUCCAUGGAAAGUUUAUUGAUACUGGUUUCUCCUUACCAUUCUACAAGCGUAUGCUAAGUAAAAAACUUACUAUUAAGGAUUUGGAAUCUAUUGACACUGAAUUUUAUAACUCCCUUAUCUGGAUAAGAGACAACAACAUUGAAGAAUGUGGCUUAGAAAUGUAUUUUUCUGUUGACAUGGAGAUUCUAGGGAAAGUUACUUCACAUGAUCUGAAAUUGGGAGGUUCCAAUAUCCUAGUGACUGAAGAAAACAAAGAUGAAUAUAUUGGUUUAAUGACAGAAUGGCGCUUUUCUCGAGGAGUACAAGAACAGACCAAAGCUUUCCUUGAUGGGUUUAAUGAAGUUGUUCCCCUUCAGUGGCUACAGUACUUUGAUGAAAAAGAAUUGGAGGUUAUGCUGUGUGGUAUGCAGGAGGUUGACUUGGCAGACUGGCAGAGAAACACUGUUUACCGACAUUAUACAAGAAACAGCAAGCAAAUUAUUUGGUUUUGGCAGUUUGUGAAAGAGACUGAUAAUGAAGUAAGAAUGCGACUCUUGCAGUUUGUCACUGGAACCUGCCGAUUACCUCUAGGAGGAUUUGCUGAGCUGAUGGGAAGUAAUGGGCCUCAAAAGUUUUGUAUUGAAAAAGUUGGCAAAGACACCUGGUUACCAAGAAGCCAUACAUGUUUUAAUCGCUUGGAUCUACCACCAUAUAAGAGUUAUGAACAACUAAAGGAAAAACUUCUUUUUGCAAUAGAAGAGACAGAGGGAUUUGGACAAGAAUGAAUGUGGCUUCUUGUCCUGGAGGAGCUCUUGCAUUUAAAUACCCCAGCCAAGAAAAAUUGCACAGAUAGUGUAUAUAAGCUGUUCAUUCUGUACAGUUAAUUUUCUGAAUCUUUCAAAGUAUCAAUGUUUUCCGUUCUUCCACAGAAAUAUGCAAAACAUUUCAUCAUUUUCUACUUUAUUUAUUGUUCCCUUGAAAUGACUGACCAGGAAAAAGAUCAUCCUUAAAUUUUGAAGCAAGAGAAUUUAUUAAGAAGUAUAUAUCUAUAUAAGCAUAUGACAGUGGCUCUAGUUUUAUAGAGCACCAGGUGUACUAAACAUGGCAGCCAUUCACUCACAAAGCUCUGAAUUUGCUUUGCCUUGUUUCUUUUAAUCCAGAGGAAAAGUGCAAAUGUUCCAUGUUCUUCUCCCUAGGUGACAUCUGAUUGUGUUUAGUUGCAUGGCUGUUCAGGAAGGUAUUUAGGGCUUAGGCCAAGUCUUUAAGUGUAUUUUUAAAAUGCUGCUGGCUUUUCUGAAGACAAGUACUUCAAUUUACCGAGUUCUAAAUGAAUAGAUAAAAAAAAAUCUCCCAUCAUUGUUAUAUCAGUAAACACAGAAGUCAUGUAAUAGAUCCAAUAGUGUCGAGGAGCAGCUGGAAUUGAUUUGGUGAGCAGCAGAGGUCUAUUUACAUGUUACUUUGGGAUGCUGGAUAUUUGUGGAAUUUCAAAUUUCAGGCAUUUCUGUACUUAACAUUUUUAAACUUGUAAUGUGCUUCAAAUUUAAUUAAUAAUAAAUUGAUAGUUUAAUACUUAGGGAUAUAUAAAGGUACUGAACUUUGAUGCUUUUGUGCUCAAGGUUUAGUUUUAUGAAAUUAGAGAUGUAAUUAAACUAAAUGGAUCAAAAAGCUGCAUAAGUAUUUAAAUAUUCACAAUAAGAACUUUCUAUUAGUGUCUACAUAUCCCCCUUUAAAAUUCAUGAAACUUGUUUCCAAAUUCAGUAGGUACAUUAAAAAAUCCUUUGUGCCCCCCAUUUUAUAUAGUUCAAGUUUCUCCAAAUAACACUGAUUUUCAUUAUGAGGGCAUUCAUGGUGUAUGAAAAAAUUUAAAAUCUAAUGUGAACGAUAUUGCUACUUUUAGCAAACUGGGCUUCCUAAUUAAUAUAAAAAUAUUUUCCAUUUUUAUCCUUCUUUCAAUAUGCACUUCAGAGUUCAUUAACUUAAAAUUUUGUAACUAUGAAAUUCACUUAGAAUUACAACUUCUACUCACUAGUUUAGUUUUGCCAAGAUUUUAUUUUUCUACAUAUUUAGAUUAUGUUCAAUUUUAUUCAAAAUUCAAAAAGAAAAAAUAAAACCAGUAAUUUUCAUAGUUGAUAAACUACAGAAAAUCUGGUUAUUUUCAAGCUUAAAGAAUUUUUUUUAAUCCUAAUAUAAGACAAGUAAUAUAGUAGAGGAUGGCCAGUCUUUAAAAGUAUGCAUAAAUUAUUCUGUAAAAUAAUAAACUAUUAUGAUCGAAAGUAUUGGCUUUCAUUCAGUGGAGGUAUUUGAGACUAUCAUUUUGCAGAUAUGGUUCAAGGUGGCUUUCAGGUGGCAUUUCAGGGAGCUGGUUCUUUUUGUUACCUCACACUGGUAACAGCCCAUAAGACCAAACCAGUUUUCUGGUGAAGACUAGUUUGCAGACCUCAUCAGGCCCAUCUAUCUUUCAUAUGCAGUUAUAUUUUUAAUACAUACAGACUUGUCUUAUCUUCUCAGUAGUGAACAUAAAAUCAAAGAGAUGUAGUUCACCUUCUGUCUUCUCUCCUUCCCAUCCCUAUUCUGAACUGGACCCACUAUACAGUCAUAACAAAAUGGGAGAUGAGGGAGACUUAGAGAUGGGCUAAUUAUACAUUAUAAUAGUGAUGGUCCCAACAUCACCAAUAAAUUGAGCCUAGGGAAUGGUUCAUAGGCUUAAAACAAUUUUACCAGUCAACUCAGGCCAACUAUCUUUGGGGAAAGAACCUACUAUUUGGUUUUUUGUUUUGUCCUUGUCUUUUUUUUUUUUUUCUUUUCUGUACUUUCUAGGCAGUUGAAAAUAAAAAUGUAACUAUUUCCUCAAGCUGAUUUCACCCAGUUCUCCUGAAAACUAAAUAAGGUGUUGUAUAUCUACUCAAUUAAUUGCCAGACACCCUUGCUUUUGUUUGGGGUUGCAAAGACCCUAAUGAGUAAGCUGUUUCUGAACUGAGAGUGGUAAUGGGGUUUCCCUGAAUCUGAAAACUCUUAAAAUUGUAUGCCCAGAGCUGUCUCUUCAGGAGACUCUGGUUCUUGGAGAACCAUGUAGAUGCUCCUGCUACAUUAUUGCUACAUGUUCGUUUUCUGGAACAAGGCCUAACCUUGCCCUGUGGCUAGUAAUGUUUCCUGCACUACAGUAUUCUUAGUAAACUGAUGCCAAACAAACGUAGUUUAUUGUAGGCUUAUUGUGUCUUAACAUUUAAUUAAACAUUAACAUGAUCUAGUAAACAAUGAAGAAGCAAAACAAAUCAGUUAUUGAAACGUGAAAUGAAAGUUCUCCUGUAACAUGCCCUACUUCUUAAUCUGUUGAACAUAGAGAUCAAGUUUAAUGUCAACUGGGAAUUUGACAUAAAUCUAAAAGUGCUAUGUACUAAAUUCUAAAAGCUCUACUCCAAAAUUCAACCAAGGAGAAUGCAACUAAAGUGAUGAUAGUAUAUCUGUUUAAAGCAGUAAUUCUAUGUUUUUCUCAUGAACUAUUUAUUCUCUUGGUCCUUGUGGUUAACUUGGUGUUUUGUUUUCAUUAUGCUUUUUUAAAGAUGAGACAAAUCUGACAAGCUAUGUUGUAGCAUCCAUUGCCUGUUGAUGGUUCACACUGGGAGUAUUUUGUUAUCAAGAAGUGACAACAGAUUCACUGCCGAAUAUGAGGGGAAAGGGGACAACCAAAUAACCAAGAAGACCCCCAGCUUUUCCCUGGUGUGCUCAAAGGCCUAUGCUCCCCUAGCCAUUGCACUACCAAUAAACAAAUCCAAAUUCAGCUUUUAUGCAGUCCUCAAAGGUAGGAGACACAGUUAAGGAGAGGAAAUCACCCAUUGCUAUGUCUGUAGUAUGUUUAGCAUAGAGAAUACAACAAACUAUGUGCAUGGGGAAAUUUACCUUCUCAAACAAAGUGAGGUCUGGAUUGCACACAGAGUCAGAUGGUAAUUUUACAGGAAGGAGAGAUAAUGGCAUUAAAGGGUGCAUUCUCUGAGCAGUGGUCUCACCCUUGGGCCCACAUCAAGAACCAAGGUGAAACCUUAUGAAUAAGGCUCUUGGAAGUAAAAACAAGAACUUAGAAAAUACACAGAAUCUCUGUGUCUUCCUGGUCAUUUAUCCCAUGUAGGAAAAUAAAUAUAUAAAAAAAUAGGUCAUAACAGCUUUAAAAUUUUAUUUAUUAGUAUAUAUUCACUAUACAAAAUAAUGGGUUUCACUGUGACAUUUUCACACAUGCUCUGACAUGUCCAGCCCACCAUUACCUCCUUCCUCUUCCCAAGUAAUCUGCCUUCUACUUUCAUGUCAUUUGUUUGUUUAAUUUGGAUCCACAUGCAGUAUCCAUCUGAGCUUAUAUAGACUUAACAAGGUCAUCUUCAGUUCCACCCUUUUGGCUGCAAAUGAGGUAAUUUCACUUUAUGACUGAAUAAAACUGGUUUGUUAAGAUAUACAUUUUCUUUGUCCACUUGAUAGACAUCUACACUGAUUCCAUAACUUGUUUGUGAACAAUGCCAUAAUAAACAUGAAUGUAAAACAUCUUUAGUUUUAAUAGCCACAAAUCAGAAAAAAAUCAAAUACCUUCAACAGGUGGAUACAAGAGUAUAUCCAUGUAAUAAAAUAUUAACACUAAAAGGAAAAAAUAUUGAUUGAACUUAGUUGUUAUAAGAGGAUCUGGCUAAGUGAAAAGGCACAAUCUCCAAAGGUUGUAUUCCAGAAGAUUGCAUUUGCCUAAGAGUCUUGAAAUGACAAAUGUAUAGCAGAUUAGCUGUAGGGUGUGUCAGGAAUAUAAGAGGGACUGGAAGUUGCUGACUAUGGCUAUAUAGAGCACUAGAUGUCUGAGUAAAACAAAUCUGUAUCAUGUCUGUGUUGGUAGUUAUAAAAAUUUGUAUAAUGAGGUUACUAAGAACUAGACAUAAAAUGAGGACAUCUAAAAGUUGUAAAAUUUGAAUUAAGGUCUACAGAUCAUACCAGCAUGUUCUUAGUUUGUUAUAAAACCAUAGUUACAUAUCAUCCAAGGGCAAACAGGAAGAAGGGUAUUCAGAACCUGCUUGUACUAUAUUAUGUAAUUUCUUGUGAAUCUUAAUUAUUUUAAAAUAAAGAAGGUCUAUAAAGCAUCAGAAGAUAGAUCCUCUAAUCCACAAAAGUCUUCAUUACUGGAAAAUACCUUGUUUCACAAAAAGAACUCUCCAGAAAUAAUUUUUUUGUGUGUGAGUGCUAGGGAUUGAUUCCAGGACCUUUGAGGUGAUAACAAAAAUUCACUAGAAAAGCCAUUCUAAGGGAUAAACCCACAGAAGCAGCUGGGAUACAUAUCUGGUUAAAAAAAAAAAAAAAGCCCUUAUUUAAGAAGUACAAGGACCUGGAUAUAAUGUAAAAAAAUUAAGUUCUUUAGCAUAAUAUACUAAUGUGAAUAUGAAAAGUAGCUAAACUUCACAACUAAACAAUUAAUAAAGAUAUGAAGUGGUUGCUGACAAAAGUCAGGAAGGGAAAAAAAUGAAGAAAAAGAUAAAACAAAACAAAAAACCCAAACCCCAGAGUGUGCAAAUGAAGACAAUUAUCAUGUUUUUAAGCAAAACAAAAUGUAUCAAAAAUGGAAAUGAAAGUAGAAAAUGAAACAAGUUAAUUUCAAAGUCAUGAAUAUGAAAGCCAAAGAAGACUGAAUAUAAUUAACUGGAGUCCAGAAGACAAGAUGAAACAUGGAUUCUCAGAGGCUGAUCUGGAAUGAAGGACAGGUGAUAACAACUGGAUUGGCCUCUCCAAAUGUCUAUGUUGUAAGAUGUGGGAAAAAAAUUUCUGUACUAAAACCAUCUGCUGCAAAUCAAAUUCUUGUCUCAAAAAGCAGUUUUUUUUUGGACAGUUAAGGGAAUCUGAGUAUGUCUUGUUAUGAGAUAAUGUAAUAGGUGUGGUGAUGUAUUUGUUUUGGAAGAUGUAGUAUUUAUUCUGAAAAGCAUAAGGCACAGCUGAGACACUUAAGGAUAUGAUAUCUGUAAUUUCAAAGGUUUAAAAAUCCAUUAUAUAUGAAUAGAUAUACAUAUAUAAAUAGGAUAUAGCAAAGUAUUAACACCUUAAAUCCAAGUAUAGGAUGUAUUCCAACGUUUGAAAGUUUACAUGGUAAAACAGGUACAGCACACACGUACACAUUUUGCUGUAAUUUAUUAAAACAUUACAAUUCUCAUGUCUUUUGGAGAAAAUAUGCCUAUACACAGUCUCACAUUUGUUUAGUGUAAGUGGCAUUCAAGCUUCAGGUGUUACAAAAUGUUAAGUUUGCUGUGGUGGUGCCUCAGACGGAAGUGAUAGCACCUUGCCUGUUAAAUACAUCUAUUUCCUUCUCACCCUGAAGUCUGUGUCCCUCCAUUCUAUAAAGGAUUACAAUUUGUCAACUGACAAAUUCAACCCAUACAUGAAGCUAUAACACAUUUUAAAAAGGAAAAGCUUCCAUAAUAUUUUUUCUUAUCUGGGCUGACUUCUAUGACACAUCUCUUAGGUUCUUUAUGCCAGGAACCCACAACAUCGUAAACACCUAACUCUUGUUUUACCUUUUCUCUAAGAUAGCAACUUUCAGUCAGUUACAACAUGAAAACCAUUCUCUCAUAUGCCACCUGUUCACAAAGGCUUCUUUUAAAAACCUCUCAUCCUGAUGUGAUCAGUUCUUACAUAUCCCAUACCAUUUUUUCCUAUUGGCAUUCCAAAUUGAAAAUGUCUGUAUGAACCAGAGAAGUGUAUUACUGCUACUCUUAGGGCAAUGUGGCAGUUUCUUUUACCCAUUUACUUGUGAAGAAACCCAGAAUUUUGUACAUUUAUUGUGUAAAAUGGUCACACAUCAAAGAACUAGGCAAAAAAAAGCCACAGAAUCAUUAUGGUUAAUGUAUCAUUUUUAUAAAUCAAUGAAGUGCAAAGUGUUAGGUACAUUGUUGCCUUCUCCAAAAAAUUCUCAGUUCUUGUCACAAACCUGUAAGCAACUGAGCAGCUUCUGUCUGUAUCUAAAGUAAAAAAAAACACAUUACAUAUAAAUAGUGCAGCCAGAAAAUGAAAAUUGUUAAUUAGACUGGUUUCUAGGGGUUUCAAGAUAAUAAAGACAGGACAUGGUAUGAAUAAGGUCUCUGGAUAGUGAUGAUUAGAUGAAACUCCAAGAGAACUCUAGUUCAUUCUCUUAACCUUCCAUAUCCUAACCCCAACUCCAUUCCCCCAGUGUCAGAAAUUGAACCAGGUCUUUGUGCAUGUCAGAUAAGCAUCUAUGGCUGAGUUGACUCUUACAUUUUAGAAAUCACAUCUGAUUUUAUAUAUAUAUAUAUAUAAAUAGAUACACAUCAAUUUUCUGCACUGCAGCAAGCAACUUAUAACAUUUGGUGAUAGUAACUAAAGAGUUCUCAUUGUAAACUGUAAAGGUAAAUAAACAAAUGGGCACUUGUACUUUCCACAAUACUAUGCAUUUAAACAAUUAUACUUUUAAAGAAGUUCUCAGUUCAUUUAUUUACUAAUGCCUCAAUGAAAGCCUAUCUGCCUUACUUUAUUACAGAUAUUUUACCUGUUUAUCUUCUUCUGUGUGUGCUGGAUAACCCUUGGCUUUUACCAGCCAGAAAGCAGCAAGCUUUUUGUUGUUUAGUUUCAAGUAUGUCUUUCCUAAAAGCAGCAAGUUUUUGCUGUAGAAGUUUGGAUCCACUGUACAUAAGGAAGAGAAACAAAGUCAGCUCCAGAGAAAUAGUGUUUUUAUUUUUAUAGGUUUAAAUUUUUUGGUCUAAAUUCUAAUAAAAUUGUGUGGUAAAACAAUGAUUAGGCUAAUAUAUUUUGUUCAAUUGUUACCUUUUAAAAACUACCCUAAGAUAAUUAUGUAUUGAAUAUACUUAUGGGCUCCAUAUAUUACUAUACCAAGGUCUCACUUUAAGAAUUCAGUAUAUGGUAUCUUCAUGCUGAUAGAACAUGAGCUAUAUAAGAACCAUUUCCUUUUUAAACCACCCAUCCUUAUUGUAUUCCAAUUGCCUAGAAUAGUGUAGGGAAAGUAAUAUACUUAGUGCAUUUGUUCAGUGAAUGAGGGAAUGCAUGAAGUCAUGGUUAAUAUAAAUUUGAUCAAUUUGUUAAAUGUCUCCUAUACUUAGGUACAGAGAGGGAAACAUGAACACAACUAAAUACUUUGCCAGAUAUAAACUUAUGCACUAUAAGAAGUCACAUUUAAAAAACAAACAAACAAAAAAAAAAACCGACAACUAAUUGAUAAACAUCUUGGAGGAUGAACAGGAUUUUAACAGCUAUAGUAGAGAAUAUUCUUGGUUGAAAGAAAAGUACAGACAAAGCUUAGCAAUGUGAGAAUAGAAUAGUGGUUACCAGAAGCUGGAUAGGGGAUCACAAAAGUAGGGAAAUAUUUUUAACAAUUUACUAUAUAUUUUUCAAAGACUUACAAGACUCCAGUAUUUCCCAAUACAGAGAUGAUAUAUGCUUGAGAUGGAGAUAACUUUUGACUUGAUAAUUACUUUAUGUAUGAAUACACUGAAUUACCAAUGCUCCAUAAAUAUGUAUAAUUAUAUGUUAAAUAAAAAUAUUUUUUAAGAAGUCUAUGAAGGCAAGUAUAAAAGAAUCCUCUCACUAACUUUUUGUUUUAUGUUGUUUUUAUUGAGAGAGAAUUCUGCUGUGUAGUCCAAGUAAGCCUGGAACUGAAAAAUUCAUUGUGACUCAAUUUCAUAGUACCUCAGUCUCCUAAGUGCUGGUGGUGACAACAGUCAUGCACACCACACUCAGCUCUAACUUCACAUAGUUUCCUCUUAAUAAUCUUGGCCUUUCUUUAUUCCAAGCAUGCUUUCGUAGGCCAGGGAUGAAGCUUGGUAAUAGAACACAUGCCUAGCACAUACCAGGCUCUAGGUUUAAAAAAAAACAAAAAACAAAAAAAAAAAGCCUACUUUUUCCUGGAUAGAACUUAUGAUUACCUGCAUUUGCUUAAAACUCAGAGUCAUUUAGUUUCUUUGAUUUCAACAUUUUAAGGUUAAGUACACUGAUUUAUGCAUCUACAUCCUCAUCCAGGAAGUCAGCCAAGUACCAUAUGUGAAGAAAUAGAAAUAUAAUCAUGAGCCAAAAAGAAAAAUAUCCCAUCUACUCACACACAGCCUUACACACACAAACAGCAGAAUCAGGAGACCCAUAUGGGAGGUAUAUGACACACAACAUGGGAGGGUCUUCAGGACUAGAGCAGGCAUCCUUAUACUUACAGAAAGUGACGGCUUAGAUAAAAUCCUAUGUGCAAGUGGAGCUACCAUGAGCAGAGGAGCACAACUUCAUUCAGGACUGCCAAACCUUACCUUAAGGUCUAAUUUUUGCUUUAGAAUUACAGUUUCAUACACCUUUGAGAUAAUUUCAUUCUUAGAUUCAUAUUCAUGAAUAGGAUCAGUUCAUAUUCAUAAUAUGCUCAAAAAUCAUCAAUAAAAUGAGCAGUGAACAAAACUCUUGAGUUAGAAAUAUUUAACAUUCAAACAUAGUUAUCACCAAAUUGCUUAAGCACCUCAAAUUAAAAAAAGAUACCUUAGUUUUCUGUUAUUAGGAAAUGUGGGUAUCAUAUGCCUAUAAAAUUCCAAUAAUUGGAAGCUGAGGCAGGAGAAUUGGUACAUUGAGGCCAGCUUGAGUUUUGUAGUGAGAACUAUCAAAAAGAAAAUGAAAAGGUAUUUGGAGUGGCUUUUAUGGUACAUUUGGUUACAGAAACUUCUUUUUCUAUUAUUGUUUCUUCUUGUUUGGGGGACUGAACUGAGGGCCUUGUGCGUGUCAGCAAAGCCCUGUGCCAUUGAGUUAACAACCACAAUCCUAUAUGUUUUUUAAGGAGAAAUGUAGGACAGGCAAGCAACAGAGUUACAGGAGUAGCCAUUUUUUUUUUUU